AUGCCUCCCCGCUCACCCCUCCCCGUGGGUUCCAAACUCUGGCUCCUUGACCUAGGCGAACUUGACAUCGACGCCUCGUACGUUCUCUCCGGCGCCAACGUGCCGUUGACGGGGCAGCCGCCUCAGAUCCAUGAAACCCGCCCAUGCCUCAUGAUAGCCGGCCUGCUCUAUCACCCUGAUGUCGGCCUCAUAUUGUUCGACACGGGCGCCUGCGAGGAUAUCAUCAACUCCUGGGACAAGGAGUUCCUUGAAUGUGCGCCGCGCAUAUGGCUUAGGGAUAUCCACUCUCUCCCAUCGGCAGUGAAGGCUAGCGGCGCCGGGGAAAUCACCGACAUCAAGGCGGUGGUCAUGAGCCAUUUGCAUUUGGACCACGCUGGCGGGCUGGAGCAUUUCUUUGGAACGGACGUCGAAAUCUGGUGCCACGAGAAAGAGCUCAAGAAUGCAUUCUGGGCCUCUGCUACAGGGCAUGACCUCGGGCUGUUUCGACCAGAUUACUUGCGAGCUGACCUACUGAAUUGGAAGACUGUCUCCGAGGAGGUCGUGGAACUCUGGCGGGGAGUGACGCUGCACUUGUGUCCCGGGCACACAGAAGGGUCUCUGGUGAUCGAGCUGACUCUCCAGGUGUCUGGCACUGUGGUCCUGACUGGAGACAUGUUUCAUGUGAUAGAAAACUAUGAGGAUGGCAGGCCGCAGGGUUUUCUUAUGAGGGACUAUAAUACGUGGCAUCGGAGCAGGGACUAUGUAAAACGACUGGUGCGUCAGACCAACGCAAAGGUGUGUCUUGGUCAUGAGAGAAGUUACUUUGAGCGGUUCGAGAAGAGCCCCAGAUAUCUGAUGUAG